UCCAUGCGUACGGAGGAAUAGAUACAACCAAACGGCCGUAAGGUGUGACUCGCAUGGUCGUUAGUUUCGCCUACUGGUAGACACCCAAAGCAGCCGUGCGCUGCGGUGCUGAAAGAAAAUCAAAGUGUUUAACGCUUCAGCAAAAGUGACAUUGUGAUUUGAUAGUGAUUGGCGCUUCGGGCGGUAGUGGAUAUCACAACAUUUUGUCAAAUGGCUAAGCUCAAGUUUUGCGAAUUCUUAUACCGGCUUUUUGAAGUAGUGCAAUUCCUUAAGGCACUAUAACUCCAACGAAUACCCAGCUUGAAAUAAAGAAGCAAUAGCGAAAAUCCCACUCCCCAACAUGGCCUGCUUCCCACGCUUUCUUGUCUUUAGUCGCUCCAAAGCGAGCUUUACGCCAGCAGAGGAUGGAAAUAAAGACACGAUACUCAACACUGCAGCAAAUCCAGUGCAAAUCGGCCGUUACAUAAGACGCGAAGAGUCGGCGCUAUUCGCACCAAAAACUAGUGAGCAAACAAGGACGCAGCAGCAGCGAAAAUCACAGGAGCAAAUCAUUGACAACCGAAACAAUCGCAUUAGCAACAAUGUCAGUAGUAACUACAAUACCAGCAGCAACUACAACAGCAACAGCAACAACAACGCGAACAACAUAAGUAGUAACAGCGAAAAUGGCAACUUGAUAAACAAUGUCAACAGUUUUGGGCCGAAAAAAUUCAUUUCCAACAAAGCAAACAACCUCAGCCGCAACAAUAGCGCCAACAAUAACAACAACGGCAGCAGUAACAACUCAACACUUGCUGCUGGAGGCACCCUACUGAAACUAAAACCUGUCAAAGGACGACGGCCGACUGCCUUGCCCAGCGAUGCGCCAAAUUUAGGAGAAGCGGAGGAGGAGGAGCAAGAGGAGCGGCAGGCGAAGGGAAAUGAAAAGGGUGAAAUAGUAGUUGGUGCGGCAAAAGAAAAUCUGGUAGCACUUCAUGUCAACGAUAACCAAGUUGAUGGCUAUAAAAGCAACUCCGGUGACCUGGAUACACCCACCACACCGAACUCGGUCUCCUCGCUGGCCGUACGCUUCUUUAUUGGCCAGCAGGCGCAAGAGGAGGACACUAUGUCCGGGCGUUCCUUAGAUGCGGGCAGCUAUCGCAGCCUAAAAGAGGUGACAGCGCAUGGCAUGCAGCAGCAGCAGCAACUACAACACAGGAGACAAUUUCAAAAUGGUGAUGUCACAGAUAAUAGUGCCAGCGCUCCACUACUGUCCCUCCCUCCAACAACCAACAGUGAAACAAAUACGCUUCGCAACUCCAAUCGCACUGCCAGCUGCUGCUCCUCACCAACCCUAUACGGUCCACAACCUAAUCGUAAAUCGCGUUCGAAAAGUUGGCGAAAAAUGCGUAACACCGGCAACGAACCACCUGCGGAUGAUGUUCAUAUACCGACGCCACCGCCAUUGCCACCACAGCUGCUCACCGCUAAUUCAUCGUGCGCUUCGUUGCUUUCGUUGCGUAGCAACAAAAUGAAACGCAGCUCUGCGGCCGCUAUUAAUGGCGCUGCAACGCCACACAUCGAGGAGGGUGGCAUCAGUGCCAACGCCGAGUUUGCCACCACUACAACGACAACAACAACGAAUGGUGCAACAAAUGACAAAGAUCAAUCGCCCAAGCUGAAGGAUAGCGAUAAAAGCGACCCACCCCAAGCGCAUCGCAUCGAGGGUGGGCUCAUAUUCACGCGUCCCAAUUUACCCGCCAAGAAGGAUGUUCAUAUCGAGUUCAUUGAAAAGGACAAUGAAACACGCAAUCUCAUACGCAAGGCUAUCGAACGCAAUGACUUCCUUAAUAACUAUAUGGACAAGGAGCGUAAGGAGAUGGUAAUCGAUGCAAUGGCGCCGACAUUCUACAGCAAGGACUCUUUCAUCAUACAUGAAAAUGAUGAGGGUUCGGAAAUUUACGUCUCCGAAACAGGUUAUUUUGAUGUGAUCAAAGGUGGCAAAGUGGUGGGUAGCUUUGGGCCAACGACACUAUUCGGUGAAUUGGCCAUACUCUACAAUGCCAAUCGCUUAGCAUCGGUUAGAGCGACAACAAAUGCGCGUGUUUGGAAAAUCACACGCGAAACAUUCCGUCAAAUUAUGGUGCUAUCCGAGUCGAAGGAACGAGAUGAGAACUUGACUUUCUUGCGCGCAGCGCCGUUCCUUAACGAUCUGUCUGAUGAGGUGUUGAACAAGGUGGUGGAUCUGCUACAGCGGAAAUACUAUGAGCCCAAGGCGUGCAUCGUACGCGAAGGAGAGGUGGGUAAUGAGUUCUUCAUUAUACGCGGCGGUACGGUAACCAUCAAGAAGAAGAAUGAGCAGAAUGUGGAACGUGUGGUGGAUCGACGCAAGCGUGGAGACUAUUUUGGUGAGCAAGCGCUACUCAAUGCGGACCGACGACAAGCGAGUGUGUAUGCGGAUGCGCCCGGGACCGAAGUGCUCAAAUUGGAUAGAGAAGCUUUCAUCAGCUACCUUGGCACCAUACCACAACUGCGCGAGAAACCCGAGGAGCGUAAAUCUGCCGAACGCAAACAAAGCAGGCAGCAAUCCGAAUUUGACAACGAAUACGCCGAUAUACAGUUAACUGAUUUAAAAAAGGUGGCCACAUUGGGUGCUGGAGCUUUCGGCUGUGUUGAUUUAGUUUCCUACAAAGAUAAAACUUUCGCGCUGAAAAUUAUCAAGAAAAUUGAUGUAAUCAAACAGGAUCAGGUGGAGCAUGUCUAUAGCGAGAAGCACGUGAUGAUGAAGUGCCGCAGCUCGCCAUUCAUUAUUGAGUUGUAUAAGACUUUCCGCAAUGAAAAAUUCGUUUACUUCCUAAUGGAAGCUUGCAUGGGCGGCGACAUAUGGACGGUUAUGUCACAGCGACGCUUUUUCGAUGAGCGCACUGCCAAAUUCAUAGCUGGUUGUGUGGUGGAAGCUUUCGAUUUUCUACAUUCGCAUAAUAUUAUCUAUAGAGAUUUGAAGCCAGAGAAUUUAAUGCUGACCACAGACGGUUACUGUAAGUUGGUGGAUUUCGGCUUCGCCAAACACAUACCACCAAAUCAAAAGACCAAUACCUUUGCUGGCACACCCGAAUAUGUGGCGCCGGAGAUCAUUUUGGAUCGCGGCCAUGAUCGCGCAGUCGACUACUGGGCGUUGGGUAUACUAAUAUUCGAGCUGCUGGUGGGCAAAACACCAUUUCGCGGGCAGAAUCAAAUAAAAAUAUACCAACAGAUAUUGGGUGGCAUCGAUGUUAUACAGAUGCCAUCGAAAAUCCCACGCUCGGCACAGGGGCUAAUCAAACAUUUGUGCAAGCAAUUGCCGGCAGAGCGUUUGGGUUAUCAGCGGCGCGGAAUUUUGGAUAUUAAAAGGCAUAGUUGGUUUGAAAACCUCGAUUGGAAUAAAUUAAAGUACAAGCAACUGCCCUCGCCUAUAAAGCGGCCCAUUACAAGUAACAUUGAUUUGCAAUAUUUCGGAACAACUGGUGUGGAGAAUGACUUUGAGCCACCUGAUGAGACAAGUGGCUGGGAUAUUGAUUUUUGAAGAGCUGGGCGAAAGACUUGAAACGUUAGCCAUAUAAAUUUGAUUUUCUAAAAAGCAAUUUACUUUAAGUUUUUAAGAUAUUUAGAAUUAAGAUAAAUAUUUCUAAUGCUAAUAACUACUAUUAGGAAUUUUAAAAAAAAAAUGUAUAUGAAAAAUUUUAUUCACGUACACAAAUAAUUAUGACAAAUGAGUGUUCUCUGAAUUUUCAUGGAUAUUUUAGCUGUACUGCAUAUAAGAAUCAAGCCUAAUUAUUGUAGUUAGACUUUAUACCGAAAUUAUAGAUUUAAGUAAUUCUUACGAAAAUUAAAAAUGUUUAUUCUUUGAUAUUAAGUUAAGUAAAAAGUUCUGAACAUUUUCCGCUAGCUAUUUUCAAAGAGCGAUUUAGGCAUUACAACAGGUUGUUGAUGUUGUAGCAGCAAAAACAUUCCCCAUAAAUGUACGAGGAGUACCGCUGGAGUGACAGUCCGGGAGCCAGGGGUCGAUUACUGCGUUUUCAUACCGUUAAAUUCUUGACUAUACUUGUGAUUUAGCUUUCAUGAGUAACAAAAGUUAACGUCAGCUGGCGCACACGCGGUGGGUGUGAUUGUGGGAGGGUACGAAACGUGUCAAAAAAAAAUUUCUACCAACUCAUUUUAUACCGGCUGAAAUUUUGUUCAUGUAUGGUGGAAAUUUAGUAGAAUAAAAAAAAAUAGUAGGCUACGCGGUAGAGGGGGGAAAACACGUCCACGCUCUAAACCCAACAAUCUUUCGCGGAAAUAGCUUCAAAAAAAUGUAAAAGUGUACCUAAAUAUAUAAAUAAAAUAUCCUCUAAACUUAAACAAUUUCUGAUUAUUCCUUCCUUGUUCAAAAAAUUCUCGAAAAACACCAAAAUUUUGGCAUCCUAAAUUGGUUUCCCCCCUUAAACCGACUCCGAACGGCAAAUGGUUUUUAUGAAGAGCUUUUUCAUGGCAGAAAUACACUCAGAGGUGUGCCACGGUCUGUCUAGUUAAUGUUCUAUAAAACUGCAUGCACUCGAAAAUUUUCUAAAAAUUCUGGUUAAAAAGUGGGAACUUUUGAUAAAAAAUGUAUUAAUUCUUUUUAAUUUGUUUCAAACUUGGGUUAAAUGGUUUUUCAUAGCAAAAUGAACUAAAUUUUUAAGAAAAUUAUUUAAAUUAAAUAAAAAACAAAUAAAUUAACUUAGCUUGUAUUCUGAGUACCUGCAAAGAACC